AUGCAUGAUCUGGACAAUAGCCAAAAUAAUUUUAGUAAAAUAAUUUUUUGUAUUUUUAAGGAAGAUUUGGUAUCUAUUGAAACUAAUUCAUCUGGAAUUCGUCCAAUAGAAUUUCAGCCAUACCAAUUCCUUUUGACAUUACAUCCAAAUGAAAAUCUUGAUCCUCGUACACAUUUUCUUCUUGCAACACAUGCAAGUAAAAACGCAACAGUCCUUUUAACUGAAAUUUGUGCAAAGUAUCGAUUGGGGGCGCUUAGCUAUAAUGAGAUUAGUGAAGUUGGACCGAGAUUCAUUGCUGAUGCAAUAAUUUCGCCGUAUCCAAUUCCUGGUGUUCCAUUAGAAGUAUUGGGAGGACCACUAUUUCAAGCGCGAGGUGUUCCAGAAAAGAAUAAGAAAAAUGCAAAGGCUUCAGCUUCUCGUGCUGCACUUGAUAUUUUGGUUCGCAAAGGGACAAUUCAAAUUAAUGAGCAAAACUUUAAUGAGUUCAAAACGUUUGUUAAGGCAAUAUUUUUUGAGGAUAUUCCGUCAAUGGCCCAGGAAAAUAUUUAUAAUGAGAAUGUUAAUAGAGCUGAAGUUGUUGUCAGCACAAACUCGUAA